GCCAGCCGCGGGUCCCCGGGCUCCCCACCCCGCAUGCCCCCGGCCCCGGGCCCCGCUCGGCCGCCGCGAUGGGCAAGGUGCUGUCCAAGAUCUUCGGCAACAAGGAGAUGCGCAUCCUCAUGCUGGGCCUGGACGCGGCCGGCAAGACCACCAUCCUGUACAAGCUGAAGCUGGGCCAGUCGGUGACCACCAUCCCCACGGUGGGCUUCAACGUGGAGACGGUGACGUACAAGAACGUCAAGUUCAACGUGUGGGACGUGGGCGGCCAGGACAAGAUCCGGCCGCUGUGGCGGCACUACUACACGGGCACGCAGGGACUCAUCUUCGUGGUGGACUGCGCCGACCGCGACCGCAUCGACGAGGCGCGCCAGGAGCUGCACCGCAUCAUCAACGACCGCGAGAUGCGCGACGCCAUCAUCCUCAUCUUCGCCAACAAGCAGGACCUGCCCGACGCCAUGAAGCCGCACGAGAUCCAGGAGAAGCUGGGCCUGACGCGCAUCCGGGACCGGAACUGGUACGUGCAGCCCUCGUGCGCCACCACGGGGGACGGACUCUACGAGGGGCUCACGUGGUUGACGUCCAACUACAAGUCCUAAUGAGGCACCCCCCG